GCUCAUUUCCUCGGAUCUUGACGCAGCAGUUGCUCAGGCGGAAAUGGCACUUGAGGCGGAAGAAGUGAGAGCACUUCCACUUGCUGAAGAUUCGACUCCACAAGUUCCACCUCGUCCUGAUGGUCUAGAGGCGGCAUUAGAAACAGUACUACAAUCUCAAGCUGCACUACUUGGUGAAGACGAGGAGACGGAUGUUGAGCGCCACAGUGAGACCGUUGCAGCUAUUCUUGAUCGCGCUGCUCUCACAAAUUAUCAAGGGCCCUCGAUGCAUGAAGAUGAAGUAGAAGAUGAAGUCGGGAAGCUUGUUCUGCGAAACUCUUCUACAACAAGUAGAAAAACCAGAUCAACAUCCUCGUCCUCGAGAUUGACGAGGAAUACAUCAACUGCUGGUGCAAUAACUGAAACAUCAGCAACUGCGGAAGCAGAUGAGAGAAAGCAAGCUUCAACGAGGAGUACGCCGAGUGUUGUAGUAGGCGGUGGUGCAUCUUCGGAAGAUAUCUUUAUUGUACCCGGCGCUGAUGAGCAGACACAGCAAACUGCUGACUUAGCUCCCGCAGAAAACGAGGCCUUAGAAGGGUUAGUCGCUGCGAUCCGAGCAAGCAGCAGCAACAAGGCUGGCGAAAGCGCUCCUGUAGCAGAUGUGAUUGCAGCGAUUUGGGACGCCAGUCGCGGUGUGUCCUCUGCGUCUACUGUCCACCGAAAUGCGAGCGUCGCACAACGAGAUG